AUGGGUAAUUCUGAAUCUCAAUAUAAACCAGAUGAAUAUGCAUAUCGAGUUGUUGCAGUGCUAUAAGAUUCACCAGCUGAGCAUAUUGGGAUUGAACCAUAAUUAGACUUCAUAAGAUACAACCCAUAGUAGCAUGAUGGAAAGUUAUUCUCUGAAUAUUUGGCAGAGCAUGAAGGAAAAGAACUGAAUAUCUUUGUUUACAAUCUGAUUUAGCAAGAUAAUAGACUAGAAAAAGUACGCUUACACAAAGAUUGGGGCGAGCACAACAGUUUAUUAGGUGCAACAAUCAGAUAUGAAAGCUAUGUUGAGGCUCAUAACUAUAUACUUGCAGUUAAUGACGUUUAUUUAGGAAGUGCAGCACAUGAAGCUGAGCUUUAACCAUUUAAAGACUAUAUUCUAGGCACAAGAGAAAUCGCAUUUAAAAACUUAGAUGAAUUCGCUAAAUAUAUAGAGGUUAAUAAAGGUUAAGAAAUCAGGUUGCACAUAUAUAAUGUUGAUCAAGAGCAAGUCAGAGAAGUUCCACUUACCCCUAAAUAAUGGAAAGGCUAUGGUUUAUUAGGAUGUGAUGUGUCAUUUGGGUUAUUAAACAAAAUUCCUCUUAGGAAGAUUGACCUUUAAAGAAUUUAGAGUAAAUAAGGGCUUGCUGGUGUGUUUGGGAAACUAACAGGUGAAGAUGUUCUCUAAUAAGAAUCUCCUUAAUAAGUUUAAUUGAAUACUGGGAAAGAUUAAGGUCCAAAGAGUGGAGAUUUGAGUAAAUAGUAGUAAAAUUAAGAAAAGUAGGUAUAAGCUAAUGAUACCUAAUAAUAGUAAAUUUUAAAUUAGGUUGAAAAUAUCUAAAUAAACGAAAAUAGUGAGAAUGAUGAUAAUAAAGAUGAAUUAGUAAUGAAGCCAUAUGAAUCAUAGAAUUUAUCACCAAGAUAAGAAUUAUAAAAUGAGCUAACAUAGAAAGAUAUUACUUAUUAAACCAGAGUAGAUAAUGUCCAAGAGAUAAACAGUAAUAUUUAGGUUCUAGAAAAGGAAGAUGAAGCACGCGAGUCUAAGGGAGAAGAAUCAAGCUAAAACUAAAAUACGAAAUAAAACUUACAAAAAACGGAGAAAUAAAUUAUUGAGUCCUCCAAUGACUAACAAAUAGUCCAGCAGCAAUAGAGGAAAUUUAACCUUCUACCGACUUCUUUAGAGUUUGACUGA